AGUAACCACCCUUCAGAACGAGCGCGCGAGCGAGAGAGAGGGAGGGAGAGAGAGAUGGCUGAUGCAGAUUUCGAAGAGGAGGAUGAGAGGGAAGAGCUCAGCGAAAAGGAGAAGACGGAACUCGCUAAAUGGUUCCUUCUGAACUCCCCGCCGGGCGAAAUUCAGUACGUCGCCAAAGACGUUCGAUCGCUGCUUAUGGAUGAAACCAUUUAUCAGGCGGCGGUUUCCGAAGCAUUUCCUUUAUACAACAAGACCCAUAUGAUUUCUUUCGAAAUGCCCAACAGAAGCGGUGAGGUUCUCAUUACGACGUUUGCUGAACUUGAUGAGAGCCAUUACCUUGAUCCCAGAACUGCCCAAGUAGUUACAGUAGACCAUGUCAAACAAGUUUGUACAGAAGUGAGGCCUGCAGAGGAUGACGAGCUUCCAUCUGCAUAUAUUGAAGAUUUUCGGAGUGCACUUGAUGCUGAACUUGUCAAAUAUGUUACUGAUGCUUGUCCAAAAGGAGUCUGUUCAGUUUACUGUACAAGUGGGAAAGAUGUUGAAGGAGAGGGUUCUGACUUUGAUCUUGUAGCGGUGAUAUCUUCUUCAAGAUUCAGUCCACAAAACUUCUGCAAUGGGAGCUGGCGAUCAAUAUGGAAUAUCAAGUUUAAAGAUGGUGAGCAAAUGGUGGAAUUAUCAGGCAGGAUUAAGGUUGCUUCUCACUAUUUUGAAGAAGGAAAUGUGCAGAUGGAUGGUGAUCACGAAUGCAAGGACUCAACGAUGCUGCAGUCACCUGAUGAUUGUGCCAUACAGUUGACAAAUAUAAUCCGACACCAUGAAUCUGAAUAUUUGUCAUCUCUUGAGGCUUCAUACUCAAAUCUUCCUGACAGCACGUUUAAGGAUCUCAGAAGGAAAUUACCGGUGACACGCACCUUGUUUCCGUGGCACAACACUGUCCUCUUUAAUCUCACUAAAGAUCUAUCGAAGGAGCUUGGCAUCGGAAAGUAGACAGUCAUAAUUGGUGAGGCAUGACAAUGAACAAAUCGUUGGUCUAUCACGUCCUCUUUUCCAUCUGCUCAAGGCCGUCAUCUUCCUGCCAUUUGAAAACCCAUUCAACAGUGUCACCUUAUUGUUGUAUGUAUUUUGAAGUUUUCAGAAUUCUACAUCUUGAUUCAUUGCUUCCCCUGGAUGCUCUCCGGCUGCAUGUUGUAUCUGUCAAUGCUUUUCCUAUGUACAGGACUGUCUUUAUUAAAUGCGAGUAAUUGGAGAAACUCUGUUUUCUUUGA